CCCCGACUCUCCCCCCUCCGCUUCUCUCUCUUCCGCCUUUCCUUCCCUAGUCUGGCCGGCCGGACGACGCUCCUUUGGUAUCGUACUCUCCCUGGGACGGCUCGUAAUCUCCUCACUCAACCGCAAUGGGCGAAAACUGGUUCCAACGCGAGUUCCUACAGCCCCGCCGCCUCGCCUUCAAUGUCCUCUUCUACGGCGUGCAGCUCUUCCUCUUCGGUUAUGGAUGGUACAGUCAGGAAACGAACAAGAAGCUCGCCGCGCUCAAUGCGCUUACCUGGUCUGUCUGGACGUCUCGUGGUGCCGGUCUUGUUCUCGCAUUCGAUGGUGGCAUGAUCCUCGUGCCCAUGCUCAGGAACAUCAUUCGUGUCGUUCGCCCCAAACUCACCUGGCUCUUCCCCGCCGACGAGAACAUUUGGUUCCACCGGCAAGUCGCCUACUCCAUGGCGUUCUGGGCAAUGGUCCACACUACCGCUCACUACGUCAACUUCUUCAACGUUGAGCGUACCCAGGUCCGCCCGGGGCUCGCGAUCGACAUUCAUUAUCACCAAGCUGGUGGCAUUACCGGCCACUUCAUGCUGCUGAUUAUGCUCCUCAUGUACACCACGGCUCACCACAAGAUCCGCAACCAGUGCUUCGAGGCCUUCUGGUACACGCACCACCUUGCGUUCUUCUUCAUGAUCGGUCUCUACGCCCAUGCCACCGGAUGUUUCGUCCGCGACUCUCCGGACCCCGCCUACUCUCACGUGUUCCCGUUCUACACGACCGAUCACUGUCUCGGAUACGAGAGCUGGCGGUACACCAUCUGGCCCGGCAUUAUCUACUUUGGAGAGAGGGUUUACCGUGAGAUUCGGGCGAGGCGCGCAACCCGCCUCUCGAAGGUCCUUGUUCACCCGAGCGGCGCCAUGGAGCUCCGUAUCAUCAAGCCGAGCUUCAAAUACGUCGCUGGCCAGUGGUUGUUCAUCCAGGUCCCUGAGAUUUCGGGUCUGCAAUGGCACCCUUUUACCAUCACGUCGGCGCCUGAGGACCCCUACGUCUCCGUUCACAUCCGUCAGGUCGGCGACUGGACCUAUGCUUUGGGAGAACGUCUUGGUGCCGGCCCUCAGGUCGUCGCCGCGAUGACCAAGGCAGCGCUCAAGGGUGACGAGAAGGACGACCGUGUAUACGGCACGCGUGGCGACUUCGUAGAGAUCGACUCGACCGGCCGCGCGCUCCCGGGGGUUCGCAUUGAUGGCCCCUACGGCGCUCCGGCUGAGGACGUCUUCAACGUCGAGGUUGCUGUGCUCAUUGGUGCUGGUAUCGGUGUCACUCCGUUCGCGUCCAUUCUCAAGCACAUCUGGUACCGUCAGAAGAAGGGCGCGCUGGGCUCCCUCAAGCGCGUAGAAUUCUUCUGGGUCUGUCGUGACGCGCCGUCGUUCGGUUGGUUCCAGACUCUCCUCCAGGAGGUCGAGGCUGCACAGGCCGACCCCAACUUCUUGCGUAUCAAUAUCUACCUCACGCAGAAGAUCAGCGAGGACAUGCUCUGGAACAUCGCCGUCAACGACGCGGGCGCGGAGUACGACCCGCUUACGCUCCUCCGCACUCGUACUAUGUUCGGUCGCCCUGACUGGAAGGCCAUCUACGGUCGCAUGAGCCAGGCAAUCACCGCGGGCCAGUACCUCCCCGGCACCAACGCACAGCUCAAGACCAAGGUUGGGACGUACUUCUGCGGGCCCGGCGUCCUCGCGAAGGCCAUCAAGGAGGCCUGCCAGGAGUCUAACAGCGCGAACGUCGAGUUCCAGUUCGCAAAGGAACAUUUCUAAACGCCCCCGUGAUGCCAAGUCGAUCCUCCGCUCGUUCCCUCAUCCCCAUCGCUGCCCAUGCCCGAGACCCCCGCUGUACAUUACACGUCCUUCCGUCGAGAGAACGUUGCUGUGCACCUGCUUUAAUUUAAUUUCUUGAUCCUGCUGGGAGAGAACCCUUGUAAUA